AUGUUCGGUACUCCUACUUCCAAGGCUGGGGGGACGUUGUUUGAUCUCAUCCGGUCGUCUCCCUCGACGACUUCGUCCUCCUAUCAAGACAGCCAAGAGAAUUCGACCAGACUCACCCGGAGUGGUGCGCCUAGCUUGUUAUCAAGGUCUCCGCCAUCGAUUGCCUCCUUCAACUCCGCAAGUCGCUAUCAACCCUCUUCUUGUUCGACAUACUCGGCUUCGGCUCUGCCUGGCUCUGGUCCUCCCCGGGAAAUCUUCAAGAAGCAGUACAUCCAUCAAGCCAUACGGCUCGUCGAUGAUGCACUCAUGGAACAAGACAAAGGCUCGUGCUGUGAUGAGUCGUUUGCCCUUGAUUGCUACUUGGCCUCAUUGGAAUAUCUGUUGUCGGCUUUUCCGAUGGAAAGCAAUUUUGACCGUCAGAUUGGAUCAGUUGACCGCCAAGCGAUUGUGCACGCCAAGCUGGUGAACUUGAUCCGGCGAACGGAAGAGUUUUCCGGGGCGAGCCCACACGAACAAGAGCCAGGGCCCCGCUCAGCAGAGUCCCGACGCGCCGGAUGGUGGAAGGGGGUGUGGGGCCGCGCAGGAAGCGGCAAAGCCGGAUGCGAAAGCAGUCCAGCCUAUGUUUCCGCUCCCUCCGAACUCGCCGCUCAAUGUAGUUGCGGAAGAAAAGUGCUGGUCAAGAUCCCGGACUGGUUACUAUCUGGCACGCCGACUCCGGAGCCAUUCCAUCAACCCGAAAAGGCCCCUGCUCGGCGCGGGUACAUCGCUCAACUGUGGGCGUGGCUACUCGCCGGUAUCUGGUGGGCCAUAGGGAUGAUCAAUGGAGUGGUGAUUCCUUAUCUCGUGACCUCCUCUAUCAGAACAUCGAUCGCUUUGGUCAUUUACAUCGAGAAGAAGUUCCAAAUCGUCAAUAUCCUCCUGAGGCUCGUCAUCACCACGAUCAGAGUACUCGUGAAAAUCAGCCAAGACUAUCACCUCAAUCAGCAGAUUGGAGAUCUAUUUUCGUGGAUUAUUUCUCAUCUGGUCAAGAUUGCUUUAGCGUUUGUCAAGCAAGGUGAUCUGGAAAACUUGAACCAGCUUUUCGACGCAAAUCCGAGUCACCACACCGACUGCCGCCCUCCUGAUCAUCCGCCCAAGCCCACCGGGGACAGUCAGUAUCGAGUGGAGAACUUAUUGAAGUCGCACUCUCAGCCAAGCCAGAUCUUCGUUGACCGCGGGGGCAGUUCUUCGUCUUCGAGAUUCUCGCUCAAGUCCGAUUCGACAUAUCAGCUCAAUCGGCCGGAACGCCUGCUUUCGACUUGGACCGCCGGAGCUUCGUCGAGCUCAUUUCCUUUCAAACCCCAAAGCUAUGGCCACUAA